GUCGGAUAUGCCUUGCGCUCGCGUGCGUGUCGCGGUACUCCUCGCCGCGUCGCUGCUCGCGAGGGCCGCCGUCGCGGAGAGGCUGCUCCGCGAGGGGCGCGGGCGGCAGCGGGCGGCUCCCGCGGUGGGCCUGCCGUUCCGCCAGCGGCUCGAGAACUACGAGGAGGUGCAGUACCACGGCUCGCUGCAGCUCGGCGGCCCUGGCGCGGGGCAUCCGCGCCAUCUACGACACGGGUUCUUUCGACAUCCUGGUGGUCUCAACCAGGUGCCCGCAGUGCAGGGGUGCCGUCUACAACCCCGGCGCCUCGCCGACCUUCCACGCGUACGGCGGAGACGUCGUGGAGCACAGCUUCGGCUCGGGGCCCACAGAGUCCGCCCUGGGGUCGGAGGUGGUCAAGAUCGGCCCGCUGGUUGCCCAGAACCAGACGAUCCACGAGAUCCUGAAGCACGACAUGCCCGUCCUGGAGAACGCAAGCUUCGACGCCAUCGUUGGCAUCGGUCCCGAGGGGGACAGCGCCCAGCGGGCCGGGGGGUCGCUGCUGCAGAACCUGGGCAUCUCCGACCCUGCUCCAUCUGCCUGGGACGCUCCCCUGGAUCCCCCGGGUGGCUCACCUGGGGCGGCGGCGUGACCCCCGCGCAGAAGGCCAGUUCCGCCGCCCUGCGCGUGGUCGGCAGGCACCACUGGGCGGUCAGCAUGCGGAACUUGCUGCCAGACGUCGGCCUCCAGGGAGAGAGGCGGGAGGCCGCGGGCACGCUGCUGUGCGGCAGGGGCUGCGCGGCGAUUCUGGACAGCGGCACCUCGCUGAUCGCCGGGCCCAGCCACUCUCUGCAGGGCCUCUCCUACCUCCUGCCGGAGCUGCACGAGAACUGCUCGAACUUCGGAGACCUCCCGGACCUGGAGCUCGAGCUGAGCGGCCGCAGGCUGCGGCUGCCGCCGGAGGCCUACGUGUUCCGUCUGCGCGGCACCGCCCAGGAGAAGAGAGCUGCGGGGCGGCUGCUCCUCAGCCAGGUGCGCGACGCGGCGGACGAGGACACGUGCGUCCUCGGGUUUCUGCCGAUGGACCGGCACACGGACUGGGGCCCCCUGUGGGUCCUCGGGAUGCCGUUCUUCCGGCAGUUCCACGUGACCUUUGGCCUCGCCGAGAACGUCUCGGAGAGGCGCAUCUGGCUCUCCAGGGCAUCGAGCUCCUGCGGCGCCUUGCCCCUGGAGGCAAAGGACGUCGGCUCCGAGAACUCGACCUACGAGGGCGUCGGCGUGUACCCGAAGGUGGUCGUCGCGCAGCGCUGGCAGUCUCGCAGGCCGUCCAAGCCGCGGGUCAUCAGGGCCUCCUCGCUGCUUCGCUCCCGUAUCGCGGGGGACUUGUGA